CCAACAGCUCGCUGUAGAUCACAGCAGAAAGGGUGGAAUCGCCAAAGCUCAACCCAAAGUCGUUCACCCUGUGAAAGAACAUCCAGAGGAGAUGAAUCCUCUCGAGAUCAUCAACGAGGCGCUCAAGAAGGAAUCUGAGUCGACCCAGCCGAAAGCCAAGGUACCUUCAAAGCCUGCUAAGGGUUCCAUCCGCUACAUGUUUGGGGAUAAGGUCGGGGCCAAGGUUGGUUCGCUGAUCCGGAAGGUGAGGAAGAGCGAAGGGAUUUCCCCGAGGAAGGAGAGCAGGGGAGCAAAGGGGGUGCAUCCUUCGAUCCUCGACACAGACAAGGACAAGGAGGCCAUGAACGAUCUCGAGCAGAUGGACAAAGAGGGUCUGCUCAAGUCUGUGCAAGCGAAGCAGAAGAGGCUGGAAAGGAUCGCGAGCCAUGGAGGCAAAAAGGUGAAGUUUGGAGAGCGGGAGCAGGAGGCGAUGAAGGAUCUUGAGCUGCUCGACAAACGAGGGAUGCUGAAGAAGACUUCGCAAGCACUCCAAGGCAGCAGGGAGGGAGACGAGGAGCAGGAGCAGGAGCAGGAUGAUGGGCAAGACAGUGGUCACUCGAUGCUGAACCUCUUCGGUUCUCAGGCAAAGGCUCGGUAUCAUGACCUGACCAAGUGGAGGAGCAAGGGAUGAAGAGGAGGAGGGGGCUACGGGCAGGCGAUGUAGAAUAAUGAUGGGGAAUUGUACAUGAAAUACAGGAUCGGCAUUUUUUG